CUGCUGCACUUGUCGACAAACUCUACCCUCCUAUUCCUUCAACUUCAACUUGCCCUUACUCCUCAACGUUGAGGUUCUUCACAAUGAAUGCGGCUUACUGUUUCGCCGCUUUCUUUUCUUCGCUAUUUCGCAUAACUUCUUAUCUAUUCUUAAGAGUGAUUCCAGCAAGAAUAGGACCGAUAGCUUUACCUGUCCUAUACUUGCUAACGUUUACUUCUGCCCUAGUCCCGCAUAGGCUGGUCAACCAAGGAAAAGAAUUGAAGAAGGAGAACAAGAAUGUUUCCACUAACGGGGUGUCUGUGCAGGAGAUAGCCGCUGCAAAGCUUGAUAAUGGGCGUAGUCCUAUAUCAGAAAUAGUGUUCUCUUUGCCCAGUUCUUCCCCCAAAAUCCGCUGGAUCAACUUCAUUAUAAACACUCUUCUGGCUCUGGCCGCUACUGACCUCAUCAUCGCACCCUAUGUGGACAAGUCGGUCGACGUUAUUUUCUCCCGUGUUGGAGCAAUAUUUCCAGAUGGCGUGAAAAUUGUUGCACGGUACCCCAACAUCUCACAGCCGGUCCAUGUUUCAUGGCGCGAGUUUUCCAGCCCCUCCCAGGCCGAUACCGACUCUAAACCUUGGAAGCGAGGGCCCGCAUUUAGAUUAGCAGAAGAAAAUGACUGGACAGAUACCAUCACAGUAAAAGGCCUAUGGCCCAGCACUAGAUAUGAAUACAUCCUCACCGACAAUGAAACAAACGCUCUAGAAUAUCCCUCUGCUCCAAUCUCCUUCCGAACUUUCCCUGAUCCUGGACUUCCAGGAGGUCAGCGUCUUCGAUUCAUCUCGUCGUCAUGUGUAACCCCAAAUUUCCCUUAUGUUCCAAUGCAAUGGAGGACAAUCAAGGGUUUUGACCUUUUGGCCGACUAUCUUUUCCCUUCAUCUACCCGCCAGAACCUAGAAUAUGGCAAUUCCACCUCUUUAGCAAAACCGUCCACCGAAACCGAUUUCAUGCUCUUCCUUGGAGAUUUUAUCUACGCAGAUGUUCCCACGUACACUGGUAAAGACAUAGAGUCAUAUCGGCGGCUAUACCGCCGUAACUACCAUAGUCCCAGCUUUAGAAAGGUCUACGAGAAACUGCCGAUUUUAUUCACAUACGACGAUCACGAAAUCAUUAACAAUUUCGACGGCAACAACAACGACUCAAAACCUCCUUUUUACAAUGCAUCAUCGGCUUUCCGGACGUACAACGCCAAUUCCAAUUACGACUCACCGAUAGACGACGUGUAUUAUUAUGAUUUCCGCUACGGAGAUAUCGCUUUCUUCGUUAUGGACACACGUAGAUAUCGGUCUGAAAAGUCAGAAGAUCCCCUGCUUCGCACAAUGCUUGGUGAGACCCAAUUAUCAGUUUUACAAGACUGGCUCGUGCGGGUCAACAACACUGCCACUUUCAAAUUCUUGGUUACGUCGGUUCCUCUGACAUCGUUGUGGACGCACGACGCUCAGCUAGACUCUUGGGCUGCAUACCCUACCGAGAAACAGUCACUGCUGACCACACUGCAUUCCAUUCCGAACGUAAUUGUUAUUUCAGGAGACCGCCACGAACAUGCCGCAGUCGAGUUCAACGGCGAUGGGCCAUAUGUCGUCACAGAAUUCUCAACGAGUCCUUUGAGUAUGUUUUACAUGCCCCUGAUUAGGACAUUGCAGUCCGCUAGUAAUGAGACCAUCAAAAAGGAGUUUAUGACCGUCGAGGAAGAUUCGGAAGGAAGGCCAGUAAACGUCCCAGAAACCCGAGACAUACCUCGUGAACGCGUCCUCAAUUAUGUUGCGGAAGGGAACCACAAAUGGACAACUUUCGAAGUCGACACUCGGUCCCGCGAUAAGCCCACGCUUCGUGUGGAGCUAGUGGUGGACGGAAAACCGACAUACCAAUAUGAAUUGAUUGGGAUGCCAGUUCAGUUGCAAUCUUCAUCCACCGCCCUUGGUGCUUUCGUCUCCAGUGGCGUUAAAGAUCUAUUCAAUAAACUAGGAAUGCGGCCUGGACGAUGGUUCUGAUGUUGUUUGUAGUGCGUAGUUGUAUGUAUCAUUCAAUUAAAAUUAUUCUUGAUAAUCGACCCGUUACAUCGCCAGACGUGCAUCUAACACUUUGCUAAAUUCAGAGCUGUUCUGCCACCUCUUCAUUCCCAAGUGUCAUUUCGUCAAACCCUUCAAGCAACUCGUCAAGCUGUACUUCAGGGAA